UUGACGUCAUUACUCUUUCCGAAGCAACGAUUCACCAUGGCUGGUGGUCUCAAGAUGGUCGUCUGUACGAUUGUGUUCAGCAGCCUAGUCGUGGCCACCCUUGCUCAGUUCUACGUCUUUAAUUUUGACAACAGUUUAGAAGACUGGGAGCCCAACAGAGGUUCAUGGCACUGGGAAAAGAGAGAUAACUCACCUAAUCCUCUGCCACCAUCAGGCACCGAUGGCUUCGCUAUAAUGGAUAGCGAGUAUGACAGCGAUGAACUCUUCUCGCCCUACUUCAACUGUAAUAAUGGUGGUAACUUCUCUGUGACCUUCUUUAUGAGAUCUCACUAUUUAGAUUCCAGCAAUAUGUACAUCAACAUAUACGUGCACGACGGCAGAUAUGGUGAUGUCUUCCUUGAUAUGAACGAAUAUUCCACACCAGACACCGACCACUGGAUUACUAUGACGAAGGAAUUACCACAAGUGGAUGAGCCAAUAAUG